UUUGACACUCGGUCCUUUUUAUCGGAUUCGUCUCGCAGAAGCAACAGUAGAGUAGCUCGUUCUCAUCCCGAUCCCGCCACCGGAUAAGAAGGCGAACGCAUGGCGAUAGCGGCGGCGACGAUGACGAUGACGACAUCUUCCCCCUCCGCCACCACUUUCCAAUCCAUCUCCUCUAGGAACCUGGGCAAGACGCUUCCCCUCCCCUACUCCGCUUUUCCCAAGAAGAGAUGUAGGCUUAUGAGAAGAUGGAGCGCUCCUAAGGUUGUAUAUUGGGAUGGGUCCUUGGAUACAGAUCGAUCUGACAGAUGGGGAAUUUGGUCUAUUAGGGACGAUUUGGUGGUUCCGUCGUCGCCUUAUUUCCCGGUUAUGGCUCGGGGAGGUCAGGGACCGCCGCCCAUGAUGAUGGAGAGGUUCCAGAGUGUUAUCAGCCAACUCUUCCAGCAUAGAAUUAUUAGGUGCGGUGGACCCGUGGAUGAUGACAUGGCUAAUAUAAUCGUUGCACAACUUCUAUACCUAGAUGCAGUUGAUCCUACGAAGGAUAUUGUCAUGUAUGUCAACUCUCCAGGAGGAUCAGUUACAGCUGGCAUGGCCAUAUUUGAUACGAUGAAGCACAUUAGGCCAGAUGUUUCUACUGUUUGCGUUGGUCUGGCAGCCAGCAUGGGGGCUUUCCUCCUAAGCUCUGGCACAAAGGGGAAAAGAUACAGUUUACCAAACUCUAGGAUUAUGAUCCAUCAACCCAUUGGAGGUGCUCAAGGUGUGCAAACUGAAAUAGAAAUUCAGGCAAAUGAAAUAUUUCACCACAAGGCUAACUUAGCCAGCUACCUUGCAUAUCAUACCGGCCAAAGCUUGGAUAAGAUAAACCAAGAUACUGAUCGGGACUUCUUCAUGAGCGCAGAGGAAGCUAAGGAUUAUGGCAUGAUUGAUGGUGUGAUAACCAAUCCUCUCAAAGCCCUGCAACCACUACCAGCCUCUUAAUGGGUGAAAGACACCUAUUUCCAUUCCAGAUGGAGAAAGGAUGGUGCCAAGAAAAGUUUGCGAGGUCGAGCAGUUCACUCGUUUUCAAAAUUCUAGUCACAAUACUCAGCAUGAUUUUAGAUACUGAAAUGAAAAUGUAGAUCAGGAUUAGUGACAAGCUGACAUGAGUGAUCCGAGUGGAAAAACCGCUUGUUAAACAACACUUGCAGUAGUUCACCUGUAGUUAGUGGCAUAAUCUGAAAUUGGAUGAUUCCUAGUGUAUAGGGAACGAAUAAUCUCCCAAUAACAGUGAUUAAUCUUCUAUCGAUAAUUUCUUUUAUCUCCAUAA